AUCAAAAUCCACUAAAACCUGAUUCAUCAACCAGUUAUGGCUAAUCAUGCUAUUAUUCAUAAUUGAAAGACUGAUAAUACACCCCAAAGAGACCAAAAUCUUUACUUUCAAAUUUGGCAUGUGGGAGCUAUUAAUCAUCAGAGCCAAUAAGUAGCAUUAUUAUCUAGUUUUAAAAAUAAUGCUCAAAGCUAUACAGAUUCUGGGUUCAUCUUCUGGGUCUGUAUCCUCUAGAUUCAGGAAGCCUCAACAAAAUUCUGGGCUUUCCUUAAUUUCCACAAGAAAAUCCAUUGGCACAAUAAAUAUAAAGACUGAUUCUUUGUUAUUGCCGGCUUCUCAUUAUAAGGGUCGUUUUAGAAUGUCUUCAACUCAUUCUCAAUCAAACCCAGAUGGCCCAUCUUCAUCCCAACCUUCCUUUUCAUCUGUUGCAGCAAUACAGUCAACUGGCAAUAUUCGCAAGGUCAACUUCUGCCAGUUUUGUGGAGGCUCAACAAAGCAUGAGAUACCUGAUGGUGAGGAAAAGGUGAGAGCUAUCUGCACCCGCUGUGGGAAGAUUAUCUAUGAGAAUCCAAAAAUGGUUGUUGGUUGCCUUAUUGAGCACGAUAAGAAGAUAUUAAUGUGCAGGCGGAAAAUUCAACCAUCGUACGGCCUUUGGACACUGCCCGCUGGCUACAUGGAAAUUGGUGAAUCUGCUGCAGAAGGAGCAAUUAGGGAAACUCUAGAAGAGGCAAAUGCAGAAGUAGAGGUUCAGUCACCUUUUGCUCAAUUAGACAUCCCUCUUAUAGGCCAAACGUACAUGAUUUUUUUGGCGAAGCUGAAAACUCCCCACUUUUCACCAGGUCCAGAAUCAUCUGAAUGUCGGCUUUAUGAGCUUGAUGAUAUUCCUUUUGAUUCUUUAGCAUUUUCAUCAAUGCUGGUGACCUUGAAGUUGUACAUUGAAGAUAUUAAAGUUGGAAGACCGAAGUUUCAUUAUGGAAUCAUUAACAAGAGGCCUGGCACAAGCCCUUCUGAAAUCCAUGCCUACACUUUGGAUUAUCAUAUGCAAUCCUAACAAGCAUGUAGACCAGAAGAUGGGGUGAUGUGAAACAGUUAAUUCUGACUGUUUAUCCCCCAUAACAGACUCAACAGUGCUGAUGCAUUCUGAUCUUCGUCCAGAUAGGAAGAGUUUCCGGUGUUCUCACUCAAUGAAAGCAUCUGGAAAUGAAUUUCUUUCAUCAUAGAUCUAUUGUUGUGUUGAUAUUUCCAUUCUUUUAACCAUCUUGUAAAAAGUCUCCCUGGUUUGAGUAGUACAAAUUGUCUUUCUUGAGUUGUGAUGGAUGCAGACUGAACUUUAUUAACAUUUUUUAUCGUUUUCUUAAUUAAGCAACGAUAUAAAACUA